GGUUGAAUGUUGGAUGAUAAAAUUCCAUAUACUCUUUGAUUUCCAUUAUGUCUUGGUUUACCGACCUGGCUGGCAAGGCAGAGGACCUUCUCAAUAGAGUGGACCAAGGAGCUGCAUCUGCUUUAAGCAAGAAAGAAAAUGCAAGCGGUAUAACCUAUGUUGGUAGCCAGGUGGAUGAUGUCAAUUUGUAUCCCAAUCCAUAUAAGACCAGAGAGCAGGAGGAUCAUGCGUCAUCUGCAUCAAGUUUUAUUUCAUCAGCAGCGGAGAACAUUAAACAUCAGAAGGCAACAAUUUUAGCAGGAACUGCCAAUAUUAAGGUAGCACCCAGGCCCCCUGUGGAAGGCUCUCCAUCCGCAGAAACAGCUUCUGCGUCCAGACCCUCUUUCCAAUUUGUGAGAAGGAAAAAAUCUGAACCGAACGAUGAACUCCUGUUUGACUUUCUAAAUAGUUCUGAAAAAGAACCUAAUGGGAAAAAGGACCUGAAAAGGGAGAAGAGCAAAGCAGCCACUGUUCAAAAUCAUUCUCGGACUUCAAGUAUUAGCUCUGUCUCAGCAAGUUCACACAGCAUGAAAACAGGGGAAGACCCUUCCAUUCAAAGUCAAGGCAAUGAGACGUCUGAUAGUUCCAGUUCUGGAUUGGAGACGGAUGUGGAUAUUAAAAAGGAUUCAUUGCAAACCCCAGAAAUUAAUCCCAACCUUACCCUUAAUGACGGUAAAUCACAUGAACUGUCCAAUCUUCGCCUUGAAAAUCAACUACUGCGUAACGAAGUGCAAUCUUUAAAUCAAGAAAUGGCAUCAUUAAUUCAGCGAGCCAAAGAAACCCAAACAGAAUUAACCAAUGCCCGGGCAAGAGUUGAAAAAUGGAAUGCUGACAAUUCAAGCAAUGACAGACAUGUUCGGGGACUUCAAGCUCAAAUUGAUGAUCUGACUGAAGCUGCUGCUGCCAAGGAUUCCCAAUUGGCUGUCCUAAAAGUGAGAUUGCAGGAGGCUGAUCAACUUCUGAGUUCACGUAAUAAAGCUCUGGAAACACUACAGAAUGAAAAAUCCAGGAAUUACACUAUACUGAGGAAGAAUUGUACAGGACAAAGAAUUCUCUGCAAAGCCGAAUAACAGAUAGAGAAGAGGAGAUUCAGAAACUAAGAAAUCAGCUAACGAACAAAACAUUGAGCAGCAGUAGCCAAACAGAGUUAGAAAAUCGUCUGCAUCAAUUGACAGAGACACUAAUUCAGAAACAAACCAUGCUGGAGAAUCUCAGCACAGAAAAAAAUGCUUUGGUCUAUCAACUGGAACGACUGGAGCAGCAGCUGAAGGCUGUCCAGGGAGCUUCCACCAAUGGCUCCUCCAUUAAUAUGGCAGGAAUUGACAACAGCGAAG